UUCCGGUCAGGUGCUGGAACAGUCCUGGGAACAUGCUGACAGAGGGGAGCUGGAGGCUGGCGGUGCGCUGCGGGAGGCUAGCUGCCAGUGUCGGGGUGAGGCUGGUGCCGACAUCCCUGAGGACGCACAGUGUGAACUGUCACAGCCGCCCGCUUUUAUCUACCACCCGAAACUGCCAGACUAUAGUAUGGAGAGGCCUGUGUGCCCGGGGAGCCGCCACGGGAGACCAGCCUGUGGGGAAAGUGCAGUCCACCCAUUACCAGCUCGUGUACACCUGCAAGGUUUGCUCCACAAGGUCCAUGAAAACGAUCUCUAAAGUGGCGUACCGUAACGGCGUGGUGAUCGUGAGGUGUCCCGGCUGCCAGAACCAUCACAUCAUAGCCGACAACCUGGGCUGGUUCUCCGAUCUGGAGGGGAAGAAGAAUAUUGAAGAAAUCUUGGCGGCUAAAGGGGAGAAGGUUCGUCGGAUUGUGGGCGAGGAGGCGCUGGAGCUGGUGCUGGACAGCAGUACCGCAGGGGACGGGUCAAGUCAACCUGAGAAUCAGGACCAGACGACCUGCGAGAAGUCAGCGACUUGACCAUCAGGAUGGACUGUGAUCUCGUAAAGUUUGGAGAAUUCUGCAGGCGUGGUCGGUUCACAAGUAAACUGAACGGAAGGAGGCGGCCAUUUUGUCGCACACCUGUUAAUCCAUAGAUCGCUCAUGAGUGACCCUACGCAUUUCUACAAUUAUACGCCCUGACGACAAAAUGGCCUCCUUUCUUGCGGACAGAUCAGGGGUGGACUGUUCUUCUAAGAUCCUGUGAAGAGACUGAAGACAUCAGACUCGUGCCGCGCAGCUGAGGACCCUACCGAACAGCACCCCGUAUCUCAGCUGCCUGCACCCCAGAGCAGGUUAAUUGUAGCCGUGGCUUGACCGUCUCAAACUACAGUCCACGUUUGCAGUUCUUGUAGCAGCAAUGGAUUUGGGGUCCUAAGUUCUCACCAUCGUUCCGCUCCCGGUGUCGAGCCGAAUUGACGACCUGCAGCUGCAUUGUGGCCGUCACUUGGUAGAAGCGCGAUCCCAAAUAGAAGAUGAAUAGGUGCCCUUCGCGUGUCAACGUAUGUCCCUGGCAGUAGCAGGAAUUUUCUGGGUUGCAGAUAAACUCGAGCACCACAAGGGGGCGCUGUAUAUCAUGCCUGUACUUUGUCUCUGUUAUUUUUUAAUAUUUAUCCAGUAAUCCCAUGUAAAGCAAAUAAAAUAUUUUUGGUG